UGAGUUUCAAAUUGCGGUCCUGGCCUACUUGUUAUUGCUGUACAGUUUUGAGUCUCCGAGUUGUACAAUUCUGUUUCCAAAUCUGCUCAACACUAUUCCGAGUUGUAUAGGAUAUACAAUAGCCAAAGAAUAUCCAACAACAGUUGCUGCCACAUAAACAUCUCCGAAUUUUAUUUUUCAUUUGUCAAUGGAACCUUCAAAAUUGAAAGUGGAAGAGCUUCGAAAGGAACUGCGAAGCCGCAACCUAGACACUACUGGCUUAAAACAAGCUUUGGUAGAACGUUUAGAGAAGGCCCUUACAGAGGAGAGAAAGCGUGAUAAUGUUCGAGCCGCACAGCCAGACACUUCUUCGGAAGUGAAUGAGCCUCACAAACAAAGAGAGCUUGAAAUAAACAGUGGGGUUGUGGAUAAUUCUAUAGGUAGACUUCCAACGGACGAGGAGUUGACAGCACUAGAAGAGAAACGAAGAAAACGUGCAGAACGUUUUGGUGUGCCUUACGUACCUAGCAAGGAGUUUCUGGAGCAUAAAAAGUUGUCAAGAGCUCGUCGUUUUGGAGAGGAACUUGUAGAACCUGAGGACUCUAGCAAGAUUGAAGAGAAGAAACGGAAGCGAGCGGAAAGAUUUGGUCUCUCUUCUCAAGCUGUACCGGACAAACUAAGCAAGCAAGUGACUCAAAUCAAUCAAACUUUGCAGACGGCCAAAAAUUCUCAAAAGCAUAUCUUAUGAACGAACAGUUGUUUUUUAUUGU